AUGAUUGCAGGUAAAUUGUACGCGGUAUUUGGCCGUAGACAUGGCCGUGUAAUUGCAGCGGAUAAUGCCCUCGGUUUUGGAGGGCAAUUUCAGGUGGAAGCUAUACUCCCCGUUCCAGAAAGUUUUCAUUUAGCCAGAGAAUUACGCACGCAGACCUCCGGAUUAGCUACUCCUCAACUUGUUUUCAGCCAUUGGGAGGUGAUUGAGCAAGAUCCAUUCUGGGUACCAUCGACGGAAGAAGAAUAUUUACAUUUCGGGGAAAAAGGCGACAGCGUAAACCGCGCUAAAAAAUAUAUCGACGCGGUGAGACAUCGUAAAGGACUACCUGUUGAUUCACAACUUGUUACACACGCUGAGAAACAGAGAACGUUGUCUAAAAAAAAAUAA